AUGGAGCGGAUGCGCUGGCUCGACGGCAUCCGCGCCGUCGCCGCCGUCUCCGUGUCGUACAACCAUUACGCCAUGAGCGAGUUCGCCGCGCCAUACAACUCCUUCUGGGCCUCGCCGGCCUCCGAGAACCGCUGGCUGUUCCAGCUGCCCGUCCUCCGCAUCCCCUUCGCCGUCCACGCCAUGGUCCCGCUCUUCUUCCUCAUCGGCGGCUACGCCAUGGCGCACAGCUGCGCGUCCGCCCGCCGCGGCGACUACUCGGCCUUCUCCCGCUACUUCCAGCGCACCCUGGUCCGCCGCUGGCUGCGGCUGUACCUCCCCAUCGUUCCCAUCACCGUCAUGGCGCACCUGGCCUACUUCGCCGGCAUCACGACCCGGCCCUUCGCCGAGCAUGUCACCCGGGGCCUCGAGCCCUGGACCGCGCCGGCCCGCCAUGUGCGCUAUCUCCUGGACUACCUCGUCGACAUCGCCGAGCCCGUCAACCUGGCGUGGCACGAGAACUUCAACAACCAGAUGUGGACCAUCCCCGUCACCUUUCGCGGGUCCUGCGUCCUCUACCUCACCCUGCUCGGCUGUUCUCUGUGGAAGACGCCGCACAAACUCGCCGGCAUGGCCUUCCUCGCCGCGUACUUCAUGUACCACGGCUACUGGGACCUCUUCUGCUUCCUCGGCGGCGCGUGGCUGGCCGAGGCUGUGGCCCUCGUCAAAGAGGAGCACGAGUGGUACAUCACCGGGUCGCCGAAGCUGUUCUCCCGGAGACCUGCUUCGAUCAGAGCCAGGCUCGCCAGGACAGCCAAGACCCUCCUUUUCUUCGGUGGCCUGUAUCUCAUGUGUUUCGAGGGCGACGAGGGCACUGGAGAAGCCCACGCCGGCUACCGCUGGCUGGCAUCUCUCCGCUCUAGGCGCUGGACCGCGUCCGCGCCGUACGAGUUCUCCGUCGUCCGGUCCUGCUGGCACUCGUUCGGGGGGCUGAUGGUCGUCUCGGUCGUCGCCACGUCCCCUCGCGUCGCGAGGCCGCUCGAGUACCCCGUCCUGCAGUAUCUCGGUAAGAUUUCCUUCUCGUGGUACCUCGUGCACCAGCUGCCCCCCAUCAUCCUGAAGGACCCGCUGAGGAACUUCUUCUGGACGUUGCUGAGGCCGCAAGACGCGGUCCACCCGCCCAUGUCCGAGGCCGUGGAACACCCCUGGACGCUGGCCCUCGGGUGGACGGCGGCAGCGGGUAUCAUCUUCUUCCUGACAUGGAUAUCCGCCCAUCUCUACUACCAACACGUCGAGGAAAAGAGUAGUGUGUUGUCGAAGAGGAUUGAAGAUUGGGUUAAUGCGCCUAGCCAUGGUGAUGCCGGUGGAAAGACGCUCUAUCCUGUCGGCAGGCUCCCUUAG